AUGUCAUGUAGUCCAGAUAGUAUUCUAAUUUAUGGGCCAAAUAUUUGGCAGAAAAAACUCAUUAAAGUGAAAUGCCCAUAUUCAUGCCGUAAUCAACGGAUUUUUAACGAUGAAUCACUGGAAAUCCACGUUCAAUACUUAAAAUUCGAUGAAAAUAUAUUGCACUUAAGCACAACUCACUCAAUUUACACUCAAAUUCAGCUUCAAAUGUACGUUACUAACAUUGCUUUUUGUGAUUUAUUCAUCUAUUCACCUAUGGGUAAUGAUGAUGAUGAUGAUGAUGAUGAUGAUGAUGAUGAUGAUGAUGAUGAUGAUGAUGAUGAUGAUGAUGAUGAUGAUGAUGAUGAUGAUGAUGAUGAUGAUGAUGAUGAUGAUGAUGAUGAUGAUGAUGAUGAUGAUGAUGAUGAUGAUGAUGAUGAUGAUGAUGAUGAUGAUGAUGAUGAUGAUGAUGAUGAUGAUGAUGAUGAUGAUGAUGAUGAUGAUGAUGAUGAUGAUGAUGAUGAUGAUGAUGAAAUGCAACAAAUUACUAGAAGGUUAAUCUUACGAUCAACAGCAUAUAAAUCCAAAGCAUCAGAACUAGCAGAUUUAAAGAACUUAUUUGGAGAUUGA